CUUUGUUCUUCACUUGACACUUCUUCUUCUCACUCUGCACUGCUUAGAAUAAAAAUGGCGGCAUCAAAAUAUAAAACUCUGAGCACGCUCUUCUGCUUCGCUUCAAAAUAUCGCACAACCGCCGGAAAAUCUCUAAGAACGGCUGAGAUUUUCCGAUCUCUUCAUACUCCGGCAAUCUUCAGACCAGAUUCGACCUAUGGAAGCCAUACAACGCAGAAUCAAGCGUUAGUGACUCUUCGUAAAUUGGGAGUAGAAUUUAGUGAAGAAAAUUGUAAAGCAUUCGUUACAAAGAAGAUAGAUAUUUCCAUUCGAUGUGGUGGAGGUCGAGCACAAAUCAUGAGUGCUUUCAAAUUUCUAAAAGAAGAAGGUCUCUCCUUAGAAGAAGGAAUGUAUAGUUCUUGUCUUUGUUACUUAAUUGAUGAAAAAUUGGAAAAGAAGUUCAAUUUUCUCAUCAGAAUACUCAAAGAAGAGAUUCCUGGUUCACUACCUGUACUUGGUUACUAUGAAAUGCUUUUUUGGAUUGAGCUUGAUGAUGUACAAAAGAUCGAGGAGAUUGGUUGUGGAAUCAUCGAUAGAUGGGGCGAGCUAUCGAGCUUGGAAGUUCAUUAUCUGGAAGCACUUUGUGUUGGAAAUGAGGAUGAGUUUCUUAAGACGUUGUUAGAAACUGUAGAUAUAACCAAAGCUUCUUCAUUGGAAGAAUUGGCACCAAUUUUUGAAUAUCUUGGACGGUCGGAAUCAUUGGUUGAAGCUAUCAGGUUGCUUGGGAAGCUGAAAUCGACUUUAAGCCCUGAGCAUAUUUCACUCCUCAUUUUUUGGUACGCAACUAGCAUCGAGUAUGUCUGGGAAGAACAUGGCCGGGAUGAUGCCAUUGAGACAUGUAAAAUGCUUCACGGUGAGUUAAGUAUUAAGCCUUCAUUGGAAUUUUUCGAGAAGCUUAUCGCAUUUGAGUGUUACUCAGAAAACUAUUCUAAGGUACCAUCUGCAGCAAAAAUAGUUAGUGAAAUGAGUCUAUAUGGUUUGGUAGAAGAUACUGCGAAGGGGGAAUAUUUUUACAACACGAUUGAGAGGAUUUAUGGAGCUGAUUGGCUGGGAACUACAGGAGCCGUGAUCAGUGAUAUGGGGUCGGGACAGUUUAAACUAGACAAGUUCCUCGACAUGUUCCAUGAGAGUUCGAAUUUCUUUCAAGAAAUGCCGAGAAGCCUCAUCACCACAUUCGUCAACCUCGCCGUGAGAUCUACCGGAAAAGCCUCCAACACAGCCACAAGAAACGUUAGGGUUUCGAUUGUUAGGGCCCUUAACACUCGAGCCAAUUCUGAAAUAGAUACUUUCAGUGAAAUUUCACAACAAAAAUCGCCUGAUUAUGCUUUGAAAACGAGCGCAUAUGCGAGUCUACGAUCUGCUCUCGAAACUGGUGCUGAAACUUCUAGUCAAGCGUUAUAUACCCUUGAGUCAUUAGGAUUCGUAGAUCUUUUAGAAAAAUGUGAAACAGCGAUUCUACUUAACAUACAAAAUGCCAAGAGUAGCAACAAUGAAGAGAAUGCUAUUGAACAGAUGGCAAAAGCUUUCGAGCUUAUGGUAGCCAUGGAAAGAGUAGGUUUCUGUGUAGAAGAAAGAAUUUAUGGUCCUCUUCUAAAGUUCUUGAUAGAUAUGAAAAUGGUAGAAGAAUUCUAUAUGACUUUCGAUAUGAUUAGGUAUGGUCAAAGGAUUUCUAAUUCUUCUCCAGAAUUUGUGAGACUUGGUUACUAUGAAAUGCUUCUUUGGAUCCAACUCAAAGACGAAGAAAAGAUCAACGAAGUUUGUUCUAUGAUUAUCAAAAAAUAUGAAGAGUAUUGUAGCUUUAACCGAUGUCGAUUAACAGAAAUGUAUCUGCUUUCACUUUGUGAGAAAGACCAGCAUAAGGAGGUUUUGAUGAUAUUAGAGACUCUAGACACAAGAGUCUGUUCUUUCAAGAUUUUGACAAGCAUUUUCGAGUACCUUGGAAGGUCGAUAUCAGAAUUUGUCGCGAAGAAGCUUCUCCGUGAAUUGAACAAGAAAGGGAUUUUCUGGUUUAGAAGUAAGAAAGUCUCUGAGCUGAUCUUUAGCUACGUAACCAGCAUUCCUAACAUGUGGGUUGGUAGUGCCGUUAUCAAGUUCAACGAGUUACUCGAAGAGCUUAAAGUUUCCCCUUCAUCCGCGUCAUAUCAGAAGCUUAUCAAAUAUAGUUGCGACUCACGAGAGGAGGAAACCGGUUUAUGGAUAUUGGAACACAUGUAUGAAGUUGGUCUAGAAGUAUCAUCAGACACUGCCAUUUACCUUUUUCGUACCAUUGAGAAGAACUAUGAGUUUGAUAUGCUUAGAGCUGUACAAAAUGUGCUUAGAAGGAUGAGUAAAGAAAAGGACGAAAGUAGAAUGUUCAAUCUUCGGUUAGCUAUAUACAUUUGGGAGGUAUUGUUUGGAAGAUGUGAACCAAAGCAUAAGGAAGGAGGUCAUUAUAAACCAUGGUUAAAGAACAACUAUUAUAGUUUCACACUGGAAGAUUAUGAGAACCGUUCUCCUUGUACAAUUGAGAGAGAAGAUUAUGGUGAUUAUGGUUAUGACUAUGAGGAGGAGGAGUAUUAUUGCGGGGAUGAUGACUCUGCUAACUCUGUUUCUGGGUCGUAGCCAGAUGUCUUGAUUUCCAAAUGAGGAAAUAAGCUCUUUUUUCAUUAGUUUUCAAAUACAAUCUCGUUUGUGUUUAUUAUGCGUUUGUAUUGGUGAAGGUGUUUGCGUUUGACCAAGAAUUUAGAAGUGUUCUCUUUAAGGCUUAGCACUGGUACUGUUAGACAUCCUCAAUCCGUUACUCGACUCGCACCCACCUUAGAGAUACCCAAAAAUAUAGCAUGUUGUUUCUU